AUGGUGGUGCUGGUGCUGGUGGUGCUGUUGUCGUUGCUGUUGCUGGGAGUAUCAGAUCCGCGGCGCAAACACAUGCCACCGGCGCCGGCGGCGUGGCCCAUCCUCAACCAUUCUCUCUACCACAUGCAAGACGACACGGUGACCAACGCGAUCCGGUGGGCGCGCCAGUACGGCGAGGUGUUCCGCACGCGCGCCGGCACCACCGACUUCAUCUGGCUCAACUCGCCCGAGGCGGUCAAGGAGCUCAUCGACCGCAAGAGCGCCAUCUACUCCAGCAGGCCGCCGAUGCCUAUGGCCUCGGAUUGUGCCAGUGGAGGCCGCCGCGUCGUCAACAUGCCGCACGGCCCGCGCUGGCGCACCAUUCGCUCUAUCCUCCAUCGUCUCCUGACGCCCACUAUGUCCCGGUCGUACGCUCCCGCCCAGUUGUAUGAAGCGAAGCAGUUGUCGGUCGACAUUCUGGACAAUCCUCGAGACACAUACAUGCACAACCGACGCUACACGUCCAGCCUGAUCAUGCAAAUCACCUACGGGCGACGACUCCCUGAAUGGGAACACCCCGACGUGACCAAGAUCUUCCAAGUCCUCCAGCGAUUCGGAUCGAUCCGCCGGCCGGGCAGCUGGCUGGUCGACAGCUUCCCGGCACUGGCCAAUUUCCGGGCAUUCGACCUGGUCAGCGACUGGCGACGGGUCGGGGCGUCGAUCCACCAGCAAGACUCGGCGGUGUGGAUGUUCUUCUGGCGACGCAUGCAGGCGGAGCUGGAGAGCGCGCAGGCGCCGCACAGCUUCGGCAAAGCCUUCAUGACGGGCGACUGGCGCGGCAAGGGCCUGGACGAGCUCCAAGCCGCCUACGUGCUAGGCACCAUGAUCGAGGCCGGCGCCGAGACGACCAGCAUACAACUCAACAAUCUGAUUGUCGGCGUGCUGUCGCGCGGCCGCCACGUGCUGGACCGCGCCCACGCCGAGAUGGACGCCGUCGUCGGCCCAGAUCGGACCCCGACCUUCGACGACGAGCCGCGCUUGCCCUACCUCCGCGCCAUGGUCAAGGAGCUCCUGCGCUGGAGAGCCAUCAACAAGUUCGGCACCAACCACUACGCCAUGCAAGACGGGUGGUAUAAGGGCUUUUUCAUCCCCAAGGGCAGUAUUGUCAUGAUCAAUACCUGGGGCAUCCAUUACGAUCCGAAGAGGUUUCCCGAGCCAGAAAAGUACGAACCAAUGCGUUUCUUCAACCACCCCCUAUCUGCCGCCGAAGCCGCCGCCGCCGCCGACCCGUCCAUGCGCGACCACUAUGCCUACGGUGGCGGCCGCCGCAUCUGUCCCGGCAUGCACGUCGCCGAGCGCAGCCUGUUCAUCAACAUCGCCCGGCUGAUGUGGGGCUUCGACCUGCGUCUGGCCCGGGACGAGAACGGCAUCGAGAUCCCCGUCGACGCUAGCUUCCAGACGGGCUAUUUGCCGGGUGGUAUGGCUAUUGCCAAACCAUUCGUAUGUGGUGAGUAG